UCUAGCAAGCUGGUAUUAAGUUUGAUCCUUUUCUUCCCCUAAGAAUUAAAGUUAGAGAGAGGAUGGUGAAAGCGGAAGGCAUUCGAGGAAGCCCCGAACUUGUCACAGAAACUACAGUUUCCAGGAGACAUCCGAGGGUGCCACCUCAUGAUAUGCCUUUUCAGUCGGAAACUUCUGCCUUUGAUAGGGUCACUGCUGUCCACAUGGGUGUAGUGCGGAAACCCGUGUAUGGCUUUGUCCAGCCUGCUGGCCCAGUUCAGAGUGCCAGGUCUGUGACAGUGGGAGAAAAGAGGGACAGUUGCUCCCAAAGCAAUCUUCAGAUGCCAGUUGCCUCCAGCUCUGGAGCAAAAGUCCGGGGUUUGAGCGCAGACGAGAGCGAGAAAUGGUCUGAGGGAGAUCAAAGCUUUGGAAACCUGCUGGAGGAAAAGCACCCUGUCCGAACAGAGUGCCUCCUCAAGAGCAGGAAAGCAGUCCUGCCUUCCGAAAUCCUCAAGAGAGAGAAGAAUCAGGACGACCCCUGCAGGGUCCUGGAAGAGGAGCAGCCCAGUGUUGCUUCACCCGUUGGACACAGACCAAGCCUGACCUUUGAAGAUCUUCCCAGAGUGGUGGAAACCUCAAAGCAGCAGACCCAAACGAAGGACAGCAUGGAAAGAAGCGAGGCCAUCCUGUACUUUCAGAGGGGAUCAGCGCUGGCUCCGGCAAAGCAAAAGGGUCCGGGCCAAGAUGCCUCGACAACGAAGCACAAAAUGCUGACGCGCUCCAUGUCAGAUUUUGGAGUGGCGCAGAAGGUGUCGGUCUUCAGAAAUCUAGAACUGGCCCCAAAGAGAGAGACGUUCCACAGUCCUGAAGCCAGUCGCGUGCAAAACGGAGAACUCUGCUCAGUAGACACACGGGUGUCAGUCUCCCAGCUCAUACACUCCUACCUGGAAACAGCUGCUUCCUGCAAGAAACAAGAACUGGAAGCUGAGGUAGAGCUGACAACAACAGGUCUUGAUUCGGCUUCCAAAACUGAGCGAGAAAGGGGAGCUCGGAGGCCAAGGCGCUAUAUUUCUCCUGGGGAAAAUAGAAAGACCUCUGAAAGGUUUAGGACUCAGCCUAUCACUUCAUCAGAGCGACUGGAAUCAGAUAGGUCACAUCUGAGUCCUGAAAAUAAUGAAGCGGACGAGGAGAAACUUGAUGAGAGAGCCAAGAUGAGCGUUGCUGCCAAGAGGUCACUUUUCAGGGAAUUGGAAAAGAGCAUUGACUCUGCUCCCGUGCCAAAGCCUCGUUCUCGCAAUGCUGCUGUGGAAAGGCGCCUGAGACGCACGCAGGAUCGCUCGCGCACGCAGCCCGUCACCACCGAAGAAGUCGUCAUCGCUGCCACCGUACCAGCCCCUGCCUCACAAACAGUGACUGUCCACACAACAGUAGCGCGAAUCCCUAGUCCCACUGUAGUAAGCACCAGUGUGCAAAGGAUCAGUUUGCAAGCAUCUUCACAGCAGAAAGCUUUAGCAAGAGAACAGGCCAGGGAAGGUGCAACUGAAGAACAAGGACCAGAAGAGCCUGACCUUUCAACUCUCAGCCUGUCAGAAAAGAUGGCCCUGUUCAAUCGCCUGUCACAAACGUCCACCAAAGUGGCGUCCAGAAGCAGAGCCGAUCUCCGGCAGAGGAGGGUGAAUACGCGUUACCAGACACAGCCCAUCACACUGGGAGAGGUCGAGCAGGAAAUAGAGCCCCAAGUCCCGCCCCCCGUGGCCUAUGGCAUUCCAGAAUACCUGCAGAGAGAGAUGCGCUCUGUACAACUGCAAAACGGAGCAAGGGGAAAGAUAGGUCCUUUAUCACCGUCUAUUGUGAAAUCAGUAGCAGCAGCAGCAUCUCAGGCUGCCACGCUGUCUACAACUUCAGCUGGAGAGCUACAGCUUGGAAGAUCCAAAGCAGUGAGAGAGGAGAGUUUGUCCUCCACCCAGAGACUGUACAACAGAUCCAUCCCCAAGCACCACAGCACUGCAGCCAGCGCCGAUCCCUCUGUGAAGAGUGUGGCAGCUCCAGAGCUCAAACCUUUACACUUAACAACUGAGAAGCAGCAGCAGCAGCAACCAGAGAUCACAGGGGUGUUUCAAAGCUAUUCUGUUGCUGAACAGCGACCGGCAGAACUGAGAGGAGCUGUAGCACAGGAAAGCAGCAGCAAGGUUAAGCACCGAUCUACCGAGUGGGGCGGUAAGCAGAAGCAGCAGCAGCAGCAGCCCCCAGCGCAGCCAAGUGGGAGCGAGAGGGAUGCAGAGAUCAGGGAGCUGAGGCACGACGCUGCCAGGAGAAGCAGCAGGGAACUGCCGACAGAGCCCCAGGGUUUCCUGAGAUCAGAAAGUGCCGCUGUGCUGGAGAGACAGGAGGCAAGGGGGGUUCUAAGAGAAAGGCAACCCUUGCAGGACCCGUUUGAGUCUGAGAGUGUUCAAAAAUCCAAGACAGUCGUAUCAGGUGAGGCUUUGUGGUGUUUUUUGUCUGUAGACAGCGGGUUUUGCUCAAAAGCCUGGCAUGUGAUGUUUUUUUAUAUAUAUAACAACCUGUAAGUGUUUGAGCAGACCAUUGUGCU